AUGGGCGAUGACGAGGCUCCAUGCACUUGGGACUGCUUUCGGCGGGCGUCCAUGCUUGAGCCGCUCGCACAGCAGGUGUUUGCACAGGGCGUCGCCGGCGACUUCGUUGAGGCUGGCGUAUACCAGGGCGGCCUCAGCAUCUUCAUGGCUGCACUCCUGCACGUCAAUGGCCAGCUCGGGCCCCGGAGGAUGUGGCUCGCUGACUCUUUCCGUGGCAUGCCGCCGCUCGACUACAGCAAAGAUGCGAGCGAGCGGGCGAGGCUGGCAGCGGACGACACGUUCGCGGAGGGGAGCCUGUCAGCUAGCCAGACGCUGGUGGAAUGGCACCUCUCCCGCGUCCUCGGCGAUCUCGACCGUGAGGCGUCGUCGCUCGGCGCAGCAUCCGUGGGGAGGCGUGAGCGGCUCAGGGCGAGGGCUGGCUUGUCGGGGCCACCGCGUGCGCAUCGGUUCAGCUGGGGUGAUGGCGUAGCCCGGCAGCGGUGCUCACGAGGCCGCUUCGCCUGCCUAAACCGCCAUGACUCCGAUGGCGUGCGGAUGCUCCCGGGCUUUUUCAAUGAGACGCUGCCAGGCCCCAUUGAGCGCAUCGCGAUGCUCCGGGUGGAUGCGGACACAUUCACAUCGAUCGACGAGGCGGCCAUUCCGUACCAUCGAUCCUAUGGCUUUCUGGCGUAA